GGGAGGCUGAAGCCGUUCUGUAUGUACCUUGUGUAUUGCCUCAGUAAGUCAACCCAAGCUAUUUCCAUUCCGCUCCGUGUGAUAGAGGACAUGUCUCCGAAGGGACGCAGACAGACUUAUCCCUCUUUUUCUCCGUCCAAUUUAUGCAAAUGACGGCGGACGCGCAGGAAUCUGGGGGACAGCCCAGCACACUCCAAAAUGGCGAACCGCAACAAGGAUGUUGAAGAGGAAAUCUACGACAAGGUCGUGGAUCUGACGGAGUACGCCAAGCGGCAGCGAUGGUGGAACCGCCUAUUCGGGAAGAACUCCGGGCCCGUAGCGGAGAAGUACUCCGUGGCCACACAGAUUGCAAUAGGAGGAGUGAGUGGAUGGUGCGCAGGUUAUCUCUUCCAGAAGGUGGGGAAGGUUGCUGCCACAGCCGUAGGUGGAGGUCUUCUGUUGCUGCAGAUAGCCAAUAACAGCGGCUACGUCCAGGUGGACUGGAAGAGGGUGGAGAAGGACGUGAACAAAGCUAAGAAGCAGCUAAAGAAGGGAACAGAUCAAGCAGUCCCAGAGCUAAACACAUUCAUGGAAAAGUCCACAGAGUUUGUGAAGAAGAACAUUGUCGUCACCGGCGGUUUCGUGGGAGGGUUCCUGCUCGGCCUGGCGUCUUAGGGUGUGCCAAAGCAGAAGAGUCUGCGUCCCUCUGUCUUUACAAAAUCAUGGUUAAUCGUUAUUGCAGGGAUUCUGAAUUUUUUUUCAGCAGCAAGCAGCCAGUUUCAGUUCAGCUU